CCCAACAAAUAAACAUUAACGUGGAAUCCUCGGACAUUUCUAACUGGCCUUCCUUUUAUCAUUCCUUUCGCACUUUACUGAACAUAUUACAAUGUAACAAGCGCUGGUAUAAAACUGUCAUAUUAGACAUGUUCACAAAACAAGUUUAAGCAUCAUCUUUAAUAACUCAAUCACAACAUCUGGUCUCCUGAGUACAUCACCACACCGGCUCCGUAAUCACAUUGCGGAGGAAUCACAAUGACGUCAUUCCAAAAGACUGCAACCGGAAAAAAGCGUCGACAGAGAAAUGAGAGACCUAUAGAAAAUUGUUUCAGGAUACAAGUGUGGAUUGACUUUGAGGUCAGUGAAUUAUGGCUGGGUUCAGACAAGAGGAUGUAGAAAAGUACUACGAAAUGGGCGAGGAGCUGGGCAGUGGCCAGUUUGCCAUCGUGCGUAAGUGCAGAGAGAAGAGCACUGGGGUCGAAUAUGCUGCCAAGUUCAUCAAGAAGCGGCGACUGUCGUCAAGCCGGCGGGGUGUGAGCCGCGAGGAGAUCGAGCGAGAGGUGAACAUCCUACGUGAGAUCCAACAUAGCAACAUCAUUACACUGCAUGACAUCUUUGAAAACAAGACCGAUGUCAUCCUCAUCCUGGAGCUCGUAUCUGGAGGAGAGCUCUUUGACUUCCUGGCAGAGAAGGAGUCACUGACUGAGGAAGAGGCCACACAGUUCCUCAAGCAGAUCUUGGAUGGGGUUCACUACUUGCACUCCAAACACAUAGCACACUUUGACUUGAAGCCUGAGAACAUCAUGCUUCUGGAUAAGAACGUUCCUAACCCCAGAAUAAAGCUGAUUGACUUUGGCAUUGCACAUCAGAUAAAGGAAGGAAACGAGUUUAAAAAUAUUUUUGGAACUCCGGAGUUUGUUGCCCCAGAAAUAGUGAAUUAUGAACCCCUUGGCCUGGAAGCUGACAUGUGGAGCAUUGGAGUUAUUACUUACAUACUGUUAAGUGGAGCUUCUCCAUUUCUUGGAGAAACUAAACAAGAAACACUGACCAACAUCUCAGCUGUCAACUAUGACUUUGAUGAGGAGUACUUCAGCAACACAAGUGAGCUGGCCAAGGAUUUCAUCCGUAGGCUCUUGGUCAAGGAUCCCAAGAAGAGAAUGACUAUUGAAGACAGCUUGGAGCAUCCCUGGAUCAAGGUGAUAAAGCGGCGUAACGUACGUCAGGAGGACAGUGGGCGGCGGCCCGAGCGCAGACGGCUGAAGACCACACGUCUGAAAGAGUACACCAUCAAGUCUCACUCCAGCAUGCCACCCAACAACACCUACAUCAACUUUGAGCGCUUCUCCCGUGUGCUGGAGGAGAUUGCAGCAGCUGAAGAAGGUUUGCGGCAGCUGGAGCAGAACCAGCGAGCGUGCCGUGAUGACAUUGCAGCGCUUCUCUCCAUCUAUGAGGAGAAGGAGGGCUGGUAUCAGGAGGAGAACCAGAGCGUGGCCAUGGAGCUGGGCCGUGUGAGAGCUGAACUACAGCGCACUCAGGCUCAGCGCCGUCACAACCAGGAAGAGACCCGGGUCGCCACGCUGGCUGCCAACUCACUCAAGCGCAAGCUGGGCCGCCUGGAGAACCGCUACGAGGCAUUGGCUGAGCAAGUGUCUACUGAGAUGCACUGGGUGGAGGAGCUUGUGCGAUCCGUCACAGCCGGCCGCGAGAGCCACAGCACGGGCCUGGCCUGAGUUGGCCCAUGUGAGAUUUUACACAGGCAGCAUGGCCUAUAACCCGAACAGAACCAGAAACAUCAGGCAGCUGUAUUUAGUCCAUAACAUCUCUCACUGUGGUAGCAGCCACAAGGGUAACUCAUCAAUCUUAAGGUGCAUGUAAGUCAGGCCAUUUGGGAGCAUGCUGGUUGAAAUUAGAGCCUAAUGUAUGCACAUGUAUAUUUAAAUUAUGCACAUAUAUGUAAAUAUGCCCACAUGGGUCCAAUUACCAAAUGGCUACCAUCAUUGUGCUUUAGCUAUUGGGCCUACAAAUCAUUUUUUUUAUGGUUAAACCUCAGACUAUUGACUAUGGUUAAACCACAGACUAUUAAUGUUGCCACAUAGCCCACUGAUGAUCAGGGUUCUCUGUGAUGUAGAAGUGAGAAUCUCUGGCUCCAUGGUGUAUCAAAAGCUUGUUUGCUGCUUCUAUUGUGUAAUAUAGGUUUUCAUUUAUACCUUUAAUACUUUAAACAGAUAAUAUCUACCUACAUACUUAUCAAGUACCAUAUAAUAGUAAUUCUGUAAAACACUAAUAGUGUAUAUAACUAAUAAAGUAUUUUUAAGGUGCAAUAAUAA